UAAACACUGAAGAGUACACACACAAACGGGUUCAAUACAUACAAAGGCAAGACUAGUACUAAAGGACUGCGAUGUUUACAUUUUGAUGUGUUCGCCGUAAUGUCAAAGGUUAUGGCGGCAGCAGAAGUGCAGGUCAACCUUCUGUUCUUUGCCAAGAGCCGAGAGCUGGUUGGAUCAAAGGAGGCCACCUUGGCUGUCCCAGGCCAGACUACAUCAGCUCAGCUUCUAGCAGCUAUUGUGUCCAGGUAUCCCAGUCUUGCUGUGAUCUCCAACAACCUGGUGCUGGCUGUCAAUCAAGAAUACGUCGCCCCCGGCAACGACCUCUUGACCCUCCAGCCUGGAGAUGAGGUGGCAGUGAUCCCACCAAUCAGUGGAGGGUGAUUCAAGUGCAACAUUAACGAGAGACAUGUCUAGAGUACAAGGGACAGACCACAUCAAACUGACCACUGACCAGCUCAGUGUGGAGGAACUGACCACCCUGGUGACCUCACCAACCUCAGGAGCCAUCUCUGUUUUCAUUGGCACAACGAGGAAUAACUUUGCUGGUAAGAAGGUUGUGAGGCUGGAGUAUGAGGCAUAUGAGGCCAUGGCAGAGACUGAACUCAGGAAGAUCUGUGCACAGAUCAGGGAGAAGUGGGAGGUGGAGAACAUCGCUGUGUUCCACAGGCUGGGGUGUGUACCAAUAACAGAGUCGAGUGUGAUCAUCGCGAUCUCCUCUCCGCAUCGCAGAGAAGGUCUGGAGGCCGUCAGAUACGCCAUCGACACGUUAAAAGCAACCGUCCCGAUAUGGAAGAAGGAACUUUAUGAAGAAGGAGAGCCUAGUUGGAAGGAAAACAAAGAGUGCAGUUGGUCAGCCUAGAGGUCAUUCAAGAAUUUCACAUUUAGUCAUUAGAUCAAGAAAUCAUAUAUGACAAACUGUGUCAUUUUUAACAUCAUUAUCAAUAUGGGUGUUUCAUUGCAUAUCAGGAUAUGGGAGAAAAUUACACGUUUGAAACCUGAUCAUGAAUUGAAUGAAUUUUUAUUAUUCAUCCAGCAGACAUAUAUAUACAUUUUGUAUUAUUCUGAAAUUUGUUGAAUUUACCAUGUAUUUGGUACAUUGUGUAUUAUAGCUCAGUCUGUAGUUUUAAUAUUUAUACAUACAGGGUCAUACGCGCAUCACCAGUUAUUAAGUUAUAAACCUAAGUUUAGUUUAUCCAAUAGAAAUAUGACUGUGCUUAUUGGUUUCUAGAAAAUGCUUUGGGCAGUUGGCAUGAACAUGUACAAAUGUACAUGUAGUUGCUUGGGCCUUGUGUAGCAAUUACUACUAGCAUACAUGUACAUGUAUGAUUAGAGACUCCAGGGAUGGUUAUAAUCAAGUUACCAAGGAACACACAUAUGAUUGGACAUUGUAUAGUACUCAGUAUGUCUGUCAUUACAGUUGAGUGUAACUGGGACUUUUGAUUGACCUUGACUCUUGUGGCCAAUCAGAAAUCUCAGCCACACACAAUUGUCUGAUCUAUAUUAUACUAAUGGGUGAAAGGUCAUGUAUGCAGAGGUUCAAUGACAAACAUUAUGUCUGCAGUUACACUGUAGUAAUUUGGCAUUAUGCAUCAUUUGCAUACUUAGUUAUGGUAAAUCACUUUAUGUUCGCGGCACCAAAAGUUCGCGGUCCAAGAAAAAUGGACAUGUUCACAGAACUAUGCAUUCGCAGUGGCAUCAGGUGCAAGAAAAGAAACUUAAGUUGAAGAAUUAUUUGUUCAAGGAAAAUGAUAAGUUCCUGGUACAGAAGUUACUGUGAAAACUGCGAUGAAUAUUAAUGAUUUACAGUAUUGGCUGUACUAAGGGCACACAUAUCUAAUGUUUGAUUUUUAGAUAUUAAAUAUGCUGAAGUGGAAAAACAGAUCCCGAGGGCCAGAUUUGUGCCCAAGUUGGUACAUUCCGUUUUGGGGAGUGAAUAAAAUCAGAUCCAAGUUUGCCUCUCUUCAAGUUUUUAUCACACCCUUUUGCUAAAUUUUCACUUUGAAAUACCCAAUUGAACUGGAAGGAAAUGAAUUCAAUAUGUUCUGACCUGAACAAGCAAUUUUUUUCCAAUUUACGCACACACAUAUAUAUAUUAGAGAGAUCUCAAUACACCGUAGUCAUCUGUUGUUACCACACUGACUUGGUAACAUAAUAGAUAAAGGGAUUUUACAUGGCAAGUCUGUUUCCCCAGACUGUUGCAUAAACAUACUGCCACUUAAACUACUGGUGGCUAUUAGUCUCAACGGGUUUGAUUUUAUAUAAAAUGAGUAGGUUGACAGUUACUAGUACUAGAAUAUCAGAAAGUGUGGGAUGUUCAGUUCAUAUCAGUACACGAUUGUAAAAAGCAUAUUGAUUGAGGCUGUCUGCGGUCGGGAUGUGAAAUGAGGACACACAAGAAAAAUCUAUAGUACAGACUGAAGCGAAGUUUGCUUGCCUGUGGCUAUUGACCUGUGUAAUAUAUACCCCAUUCCACGCUAGUUUUCCUCAACUUCUUCAAGUUCAACUGCAGCGGGAAUCAAUAUUACGGGAAGUGCAAUAAUUGGGUUUUACAAAGUGUCAGGUGAUGUAUGGUCUGGGUUUAUUACCUUCGUCACAGUCACAGAGUCACGACCGUCUGUGGAACGCGUAGGACGAGAUUGAACCUGGCUGUACGCGGGCUCGGUGUUAUCACCCUCACUCAGGUCCAGAUGUUUGGAAAAAGACAAAGCGGAAUGUAGAAGAUCUAUUAUAAUUUAUAAUAGCGAAUGUAUGACAAUUUUGUUAAUGGAAUUGUGAAAAUAGUGUAAAUCUUCAUGUGUACAUGUAGGGUUAUUACUGUAGUUCCUGUCAAAUUGUGAUAGUUAUAUUGUAUGCAUGAUGAUGAUGUAUAACUUUAUGUAAUGUUUUGUUUUCAUCGCAGCCAUAUAAGAUAUCAACCAUCAUAAUAAUUGUAUCAAGAUUAUUUUUGCUUUGUACCAUUAUAAAUGUACAUUGUACAUUUAUGUUGAUUUUUAUCAAAGUGACAAAAUCUUGCAUGACCAUGCCCAUUUAAAUUUGGCCAGAGUAUGUAUCAUGCAUGUACACAAUGUAGAUGUUGAAAAGAAGGUUGUUGGAUUUUGAACUUUUCUUUCGUUAAAUCUUUCAAUAAAAAUCCUUUGAAAACACAGUAA